UCCUGGUUCACUAGUUGGUUUGUUUUGUAUCUAGGCAGUAUAUACAAUGACGUAAAGAGUAACAUUUUGCCAAAUCACUAACAAAUACAGAGUUCAAUGUGUCAUCUGUAGGUGGGAGAGGAUUCACUCAUAUCAGGAAGAGAGCAGACGUAGAAAGUAUUCUGUCUACUUACAUCUCCAAGUCGAAUUUUACAGCUAAUGGAGGGCGACGGUGGCCAAGACACUGAAAAGGAAUCUUCCAUGGAGAACAGUGAGGUUAAUCUGGAAAAUUCAUACACAGAAAAGGACGUAGAAGAACCCUCUGAGAAAGAGCCUGAACGCUCUCCCUGCCAAUUCUUUCUUGCAGGACGGUGCAGAUUUGGAGACAGAUGUAGAAACAUGCACACCGGUAUACCAGAAGCCACCUCUCCACCUCCUUCAACCAGAGGAAAGAGUGAAUCUGAAUCGAAUUCCAAAAAGAAACCUCCAAUGAAAACUGCUACUGAUGUUAUCUCAAGAAUUCAGUGGGACAACAUGCUGCCUAAAGAAUGCUUUAUAAUAGGUUAUCUUGAUAGAUUUUUAGGUACCAUUGAAAAGCCUUUCUCUGCAUUCUGUUGGGAAGAUUUGGCCUCAGUGGGGCAUGAUGUCCUUGCAAUUCCAAAACAUCGCAUUCAGUACUUCAAAUAUAAAAAUCUGGUGGUUUGGGACAAAAAUUCUCGAAUAGAUAAUGUGUUUGGUUCAACUGGAAGUGGCAUGACCAUUUUAGAUAUCAUGGAACAAAAUAAAAAUUUGGACCAUGAAGAAAAAGAUAACGUGCAGCUGGAAAUGAGUGCUUUGCAAAAGGAUUCUGAUGGUUUAGAAGAAUAUGAAAAUGUUGAGGAAUGUCUUGAUGCUGCUGAGUAUGUUAAUACCAAAAAAUUGAGGCCCACGCAUUUUAUUGCUGUACGUAUCAGCAGUGAAGAUGUAAAAAGCUCCAUAAAAGAAGUGCAAGACAUACUGAAGAAAUGGAAUCCAGAUAUUUCAGAAUAUUGCACACCUCUACCAGCACUCCAUUUGACACUGUGCCUUUUACAUUUGGAAACUCCAGAAGAAAUACAGAAAUCAGUCUCUGUUAUCCAAGAGUGGAGGCAAGAAAUCCAGCGAAUUCUCCCCCCAAGCCUAAUUCUUCGCUUUGAAGGGCUUAAGGAUUUCAAUGCACGUGUCCUCUAUCUAGCACCAUCAGCAAUACCAGAAAUAUCAAGCUUUGUACAGUCCUUAAAUGAAAGAUUUUGCAAUGAAGGGUUGGAAGUUAUAAAACCUCCAUCUAACCGUCUGCAUGUAACUGUUGCAAAGAUUUCUACGAACACUUUCAGGAAAAAUCCUGGCCUUCGAUUUUACUAUGAUAUUUAUGGACAUAUCCCUAUUGCUCACUUUGGAGCUCAACAAGUAGAUAGCAUUAGUUUCUGUGAUAAUAGUAGCGCAAGACGUACUGAUGGGUUUUAUACGACACUCCUGGAAUUUUCUUUAUAUUGAUCAGCACAAUUAUAAAAUUUAUAUGAUUUAGUAUAAAACAUGGCCAACAAUUCUAUUAAUCUGUGUACAAUCAACACCAUUUUCAAUAAUGCAUUUUCUGGUUUAAAUAAAAACCUCACAUCAAAGUGUGCAACUCAAAUUAUUAAUGGGAGAAAUACUGUGUAACCAAUUGUCAAUUCAAGAGAAACUGACCAUCAAUCUUUAAACAUUUUUAUUUUUUUAGAGAGAGAGAACAUUUACACCCUCCAAAUAAUGUCUUUGCAUGUUUCAUUUGCAGUAACCAGCCUGCUCUUUGUGCCUUAUUUGUCUGUAGCUUGUAAUUAUGCUAUAUGAUGUAGCCUUUACAGAACUUAAUUCUUUAAUGCUAAGUUUUGAAAACCCAAAAAAAACAACACUGUACACUAGAAUGCAUCUCCACUAAGGUAACCAAAGCCUCAUACAUUGUAGCCAAAUACUGGAUCAAUUUCAAGUUUUAAUUUUAAUUAAAAAUGAAAAGCAUGAGAUCUGGACUGGCCAUUGUGCAAACCUGGCAAAUGCUCUGUAAACUGUGAUAGCCAUGAGCAAAGGUUGACAGCAGAGAUAUAAGAAUCUCCCAGAGAUAUAAGAAUCCCCGGAAUGGAUGACAACACACAUGUGCCAGCAAUGAAAGAGGGCUCCCCAGCGACUUCCCUCCCCGUCCAUGCCAUCCGAAUGCCAGGGGGAAGGAAGGAGACAGUGAACUUACAGUCUCCACCUCCUGCUGGUGCAGACCAACUUCAGUGUUUCUAAUAGUGUAUCGACCUGUUAGCAUCUGUUACCAUGGCACUGCUCUGACACUUUCCCGAGUGCUGGCUAGAAGGAGAAGUCUGCAACCACCAGGGGUGCAGGCAAGUUGCAUUUACCACUGCACCACCAUGAUACAGCCUUACCUCCUCCCUGGCCCAAGGUAAGGGAGAAUAAAUGUACUUUUACAGGGCGGGAAGAAUAAAUAUUA